AUGGAGGUAAACGCUGGAAAACGUGAGGAAUCUAUUAAUGCGUCAUCGACAAUCGAUUUGAAACCGGACACCGAACUCGGCGAAUUUCGCGUCGUUCGAUUCAUUGCCAAAGGAUCUUAUGGAGCCGUGUACGAAGCGCGAAAUUCGCACGGUGACGCGUUCGCGUUGAAAAUCGAGGACAGAAAUGCAAAAACGAGAAAUCUUAAAAUGGAAAUUGUGGUUUUGCGAGAACUUCAGAAGCUCAAUUCUCCAUAUUUUUGCAAAUUGUUUUUAGUGGCCUCUUGUAAAUCAAAAUCCAUUAAUUUGAUGGUUUUCAGCUUGUUGAAUAAAACUUUAACGGAUAUUCGUCAAUCACUACCAAAUCGAAAAUUUCCAAUUUCAUGUGCUCUGUCGAUUAGCGAGGAAUGUCUUAGCGCCAUUCAGCUAUUGCAUGGUGUUGGAUAUCUCCAUCGAGACAUAAAGCCGACAAAUUUUUGUGCGGCUCUUCAAUCCCGACAAAUCGUUCUAAUCGACUUCGGAAUGUGCCGAAAAUUUUUGGAUUCAUCCGGAAACCUUCGACAUCCCCGAUGGCAUACACAGUUUCGCGGCACACUUCGAUUCGCCAGUGUCGGUGUUCAUGAAGAUCGCGAAUCCUGCCGCCGUGACGAUUUGGAGUCGUGGUUUUACGUGGUUGUUGAAAUGAUUGUUGGCACAUUACCGUGGUUUACUAUGGAAGAUAACGCCGCUAUCUACAUGUGCAAGAAGAAAGCAAGAACUGCAGGUCUUAACGAGUUUCUAUCGGGUUGUCCAAAAGAGCUUUUGCAUAUAAUAAUGUACAUAGAUAGUAUCGCAUACUAUGACACCCCCGACUACCCCGUAAUUCGCAGCUUGCUGAGAGAAGCAUCAUCAAAAGAGCGUAACAAUUCUCAAGACUGGGACUCAAUUGAUAAUGCGUUGAAGUGA